UUAAGCUAAAUAUUUGGACCUUUUAAAUACUCACAAAAUUAAUAAUUAAUAUCAAAAACCAAAAAACUAAAACAAACACAACAAGAAGAAGAAGAAUCAUCAUCACAGACUUUCAAACUUUUUUUCUGAUAGCCAAUCUCUCUCUGAAUUGACAUUAAGAAGCAGGUUUUGUGAUCGAGAAUUGGGGCGGUUGUAUAAUAGCAUCAUGAGAUUCAAAAAAGGGAGCAAUGUGGAAGUCCUGAGGAAAAAGGAGGUGCCUUCAGGAUCUUGGUGCUGUGCCAAGAUCAUCUGCCGUGACGGCCACAAGUAUACUGUUAGAUAUGAUGGAGUAGAGGCUGCUAAUGAUGAGACCGUUGUGGAGAGGGUACACAGAACUGCAAUUAGGCCUUGCCCUCCUCCACUGGAAGUUACAGAGAAUUGGGUUCCUGGUGAUGUUGUUGAGGUAUUCGACAAUUUUUCAUGGAAAAUGGCAACUAUUUCUGAUGUUUUAGGGAGCAAGUACUUUUUGGUCAGGAUAGUUGGAUCCUGCCGGGAAUAUAAAGUUGGGAAACUGGAAGUUCGAGUCAGACAGUUCUGGCAAGAUGACAAAUGGGUUGUGGUUGGAAAGGGUUCAAGCCAAUAUGAGAAUGGAAAACAUGGUGCAAUUUCAACUCUAAAGUACAGCCAAAAAUCAUGCCUUGAAGCUCAGAAAGUCAAUUUCCAGAAAUCCCACACUGCAUCCUCUCAGAAUCUGAAGAGAGGAUCAUCCUACUUGUAUUCUCAAGAUGAAGCGCAUGGUGGAGGUACUGAGAAGUUUCGAGUAGUUGAGAAAGAAUGCAGGUGUCACAGAGUCAUUGCUAGCAACUUAUCUAGAUUUGCUGAACAGGUAGAUGUUGCUUUGCCAAGUCAGAUGCUGGGUGGAAAAGAAAUACGUGCUUCUCUUAACAACGGAACAACUGUAUUGUCUGUGGUUGAUUUAGAAAAGAGGAACCCAAGUGGUAAUGUUGGGUGUUUAUUUGCUGUUAACUUAAAGUCGGAAGAUGUCGAUACUGUUACGUGCUCGGUAGGUAGUUGUAGCAUCGGUAGCAAUGAUCCCUAUAAGUCACCUCAUCAUGUUUCUUCUGGAUCUACUGGAGAUUUUGAAGACCAGUUUUGUGAUGCUCAAUCUGUUUGUCAGUUGGGAUAUGAGGAAGGAAACUGUGUCCUUCCCACAAAGAAAGAUUUGGCUGCUGAGAUCCAUAGGUUAGAGCUGCAAGCCUACCGUUGCACGAUAGAGGCAUUGCAUGCAUCAGGACCUUUAAGCUGGGAGCAAGAAGAAUUGGUGACAAAUCUUCGUCUUUCGCUUCAUAUAUCAAAUGAUGAACAUUUAAUGGAGCUUAGAAACUUAAUUUCUACAGAUAACAACAUUCAAAUUAGAUGACAGGAAAACGGGAAUUAUGUCUUGUGAUUCAUUUUUCCUUCUAGCUGUAGAAUCUGAUGAAAGAUUUUCAUAAUGACCUGGCUGCACUGUAAGAAACAAGAUGAGUUGUUUUCACAUCCUUUUGUAUUUAGUAAAACACAGUGGUUCAGUUCAAAGUUCAGACUCAAUGUAGUACAAACUUUUCUAAGUACACAUCAUAGACAUCUUUCUGUAUCAAUCAUAUUCUUCUGUUUGUCUUUCUCUGGGGUUGUACUAAUAGCAAUAUCAUGAUUAUGAGGUUCAUCAUAUGUUUAUAUAGGAAGUUGCCUAUAUAUGUAACUGUUUGAGAUGUUAUGGAUGUUUUCCUGCAAGUAAUCAACUUGUAAGUUUGAUUUGCAUAUGUCUAUUUUAUUUUUGGUUCUCUUUUUUGUUUGUAAAGCUUGCAGCUUUCUCUUAGAUGUCCUGAUCAUGAGAUAUAUCAUAGUUAUAUGUGUACAUGACGUGAUUGUCACCCUAUCACUUGGAAGUAUACCAUUUCAUUUGUGGACAAGUAUUGAUGCUUCCCCUGGGUUUUCCAGGGCCUAAGUAGGAGGAUUGUCCCCUUACUUCCAAGUCUCCAAAGUUGAUGCUGGGGCUGGCCAGCUUUCUCUCGGUUACAGGACGGCUUAUGAUGCUGUAUUACAUUUGGUUUCUGCAUUCUUCCAUUUCAGGCCACCUGUGAGCCUUAGAUGCCUGUUUUGCUGAAGGGUGUAAGACAAGAAUCUUGUGGCUGACAUGGGGAUGACCUGAGAUGUGGAUGCUUGAAAGGUUUUAUUUCAAACCUCUGCUUCAGCUCAUUCAUGUACAAUUGAUUUGACUUGCUGAUUUCUGUUAUUAGUCUCAAUCUGUUAGAAAUUUCUAUCUUGUGAACACAGUUGCAUUUCAUAUUGUCUUUCCUUUUCUUUUGGUGCCUUUCUUGUUUAGUCUGGAUAUUGUAAUUGUAUACAAGGGCAAUAUCUUGAUUCAGUCAAUA